AUGCGUGCCGCCGUCAUCUCCGCAUUUGCUGUUUUCGCGCAUUUGGCGCAGGCCUUUACUAAUGUUACCAUUUUUGCUCCUCCCUCCAACUACACCAUUCCUCGGACGCUCUAUGCUAGAACAUUGCUUUUGAAUCAGAAUUGCGAGAAGGACAACGUUCUACUUGCGACAUGGGAGAACUACUCUCCCGAGAAGCCCUGGUUUCCAAUUUACCAAUCGGAUGACCUGGGUGAGAACUGGCAUGAGAUAUCGCGCGUCUACGACCAAGUCAAUGGCUGGGGUCUGCGUUACCAGCCCCAUCUCUACGAGCUACCGCAAGCAAUUGGCAACUUUUCUGCUGGCACCAUCCUGCUUGCCGGAAACUCUAUCCCCCAGGAUCUGUCUGAGACCAAGAUUGACCUCUACGCCAGUACAGAUAAAGGAAAAACUUGGAAAUUCAUCUCCUCCAUUGCUAGGGGUGGAGAGGCUCUUCCGAACAACGGCCUCACGCCUAUCUGGGAGCCCUAUAUGAUGGUGUACCAGGACAAGCUCAUCAUGUACUACUCUGACCAGCGAGACCCAAAGCAUGGGCAGAAGCUGGUGCACCAAGUCUCCAGCGACCUUCUGCACUGGGACGACCCAGUCGACGACGUCGCGUACAGCACCUACGAUUGGCGACCAGGCAUGCCGGUCGUCGUGGAGUUGCCGCUGGGCCAGUACAUCAUGACGUAUGAGUUCUACGGCGCCGAGGAAGUCGACUUCGCCGUCUACUACCGCAUCUCGCAGGACCCGCUCAACUUCAACGCCAGCGAAGGUAACGUCCUGCGCGCGACGGACGGAACUGUGCCCCGCGGCUCGCCGUUCGUCGUCUGGGCCGAUGUGGGCGGCCCUCUCGGCACUAUCGCUGUCUCUGAUGGCAACAACCCCCAGAUCUUCCUCAAUCACAACCUUGGAGCUCCGGGAGCGUGGACUAAGAUUGCUACCCCUGCGGGUGUGUCGUACACCAGGGAGCUCAAGGUUUUGCCAGACCAGAAGACAGUCUUGAUUACCGGUGGAGGCGUGCUUAAGGGGUCCGAUAACAGGGUCACUACGAGCACUGUCGAUAUUGAUGUUGUGGCGCCGGCUUAUGCAAGAUGUAGCAAGCGGAGGCGCAACUGGGAUGCUUGAAAGAAAGGUGCGCUGUGUACUGGAGAAGGAGCAUGAAGGCUUUAGUAGCCUAGUCACUGUUGUGUGAAGAU